AUGGACGGUCGCGUAAUCCGAGGCGUCCAGCGCGCCGCGCUGAGGCAGUGGAACGAGUUCAUUGCCAAGAGUCUUGCAACUCGUCUGGAUCCCGACAAAUUCGAAUCAUAUGUCCCUUUCCUUCAGGCGAAACACCCGCUUCCUCCCUCCGUCGUUGCCGAUCUGUUCCUGCGGCCCCAGCCUCACAACCAUGAGAGCCUCGAUCCUCGAGUCCCACGCUUCCUCCAAGUACUGUCUGACCUCAACUACAUCGACACGCCAUCUAUAUUAGAGGCUCUAUAUAAGUACUCUACUUCGCGUGCGCACUCUAGAGAAGCUGCGCAGGCUUCGAAUGGCGGCAAUCCUGCAUCUCAGACCCUGCGAUGGGCGAGCUCGUACUCGGCAGAGGAAGUUAUGUUCUAUAGACUUACGAAAUCUGUAGCUCAAGGUACAGCGAUAACGAAUACAGAGACUGGCCUUGCAAUUGCCAAGAUUAUGGCCAGUUGGAUUGCUCUGUUCACCGACGCCGCCACAGCCUUCACGGUCGACGUCAUGGGCCAGCUGCAAAACAGUCAGGCGAGGGAAGAAAUGGAGUCGGCGCGAGCUGCCUUUGUAGCCUUGCUCCUUGGAGUAUGCGAAAAUCACACAGUAAUGAAGGCUUUUGGAAGCCCCGAGGCAAAAAACACCAGGAAGGCCCUAUCCGAGAGUCUAGCCAACUUCGUGCCUACGAUCAUGCAGAACGCCGGGCCUAUAGCAACUCGUCUGGAUAUGUUUCGUACAAGCACGCUAGCAGCGUUUGAGCCUGAUGAUGAACAAAAGAACACAUCAAAUGUCGAGAUAGAAGACCUCUUUGAUUCCUCUGUAGCACUUGAAAACUUCGUCAUUUCCGAACUGCCAAUCGUCAACUCGAGAGCGGGCCUAUAUAUAUAUCUGAAUGCUGCGCUAGUUGGACGACCACUGAUCGACGACAUGUCCAUCUUCAACUAUCUGAACAACAGAUAUCAGGGAGACGUACAAACAACCACUAUUGACCUCAUAUUAGCCUCGUUCGACGUGUUGGCCAAUGCUGUUUCUCGAAAUGAAGGCAACUCAGCCGCUCCACUCCUCCGUUCAUUUCUCAUGAACAAGCUACCUCUUCUUAUUGAGAACUUGAGCAAACAUAUGUACCCUCCUCUGACAGCGGAGUUUUGCAUCACAGAAGCGCUGGGUCGCGUAGAUACAAAUACCUUUCCCACACUUUCAUCUAUGUUUGAUGAGUCCAGGAGCAACAACCCUUUCACCGACUCCGUCCGAGAAGAGUUCUGCUGGGCGUGCUGUCUCCAUGGUCUAGUGCGAGAGAGCAGUAUUGAGGGCCUUCUGGGGGAGACACCUUAUCAAAAUCUUCCAGCAGGUGGAAGGUACGUGAAGGACAACCUGGUUGCAGAGUGCCUCGCGGAUCCUGAGCGCAUGCAGGCCCUCAUUGGAGAGCUCGAUGGGAAAGAUGGAAACGCUGGCGCAGUCUGCCAGGCAUUGACUGAGGUUCUGGGACAACUUUGCAGAAAUAAGGAGACAAUGUCUCUCAAGCUCCUUUGCAGUCAACUGGCCCAAAGACCACUGUCUCUGGACGUCAUGCUGCUUUUUGAGAAACCGGCCACAAUUCUUCAUCCACUCUGCGAUCUUCUAGAAAACUGGAAGUAUGAUGAGGAUCAAGGCGAGUAUCAGCCCGUAUACGAGGAGUUUGGGUCCAUUCUUCUUCUGGUCAUGGCCUUUGCAUAUCGCUAUAACUUAUCUGUAUCUGAUCUUGGGAUCGUGUCUCCUGACUCCUUCGUCUCGAAACUGCUCGGCCAAGGCCAUCAGAGCCAAGUGUUUGAUGAACUAUCAGAACAGCAAAAGGGUCAUCUCGACGGCUGGAUUCAUGGGCUUUUCGACUCGGAAGCUGGUGGGCUAGGAGACGAGCUCAUGUCGUCGUGCCCACCGCAAGACUUUUACCUCCUUGUUUCAACCCUUUUCCAAAACAUUGUACUUGCCUUCAGCACUGGUCAUCUGUCUGAGGAAAGCUUGAGAGGAGGAGUCGAAUAUCUCGUCGACACAUUUCUUCUCCCAUCUCUGGUUGUAGCCAUCACGUACCUCUCCAAUUCUCUGCUUAUUGAGCGGCCCGAAUGCCAGAAGGCCAUCGUCAGAGUGUUGAAGUCUGUCCUCGAGCCAACUUCGAUUUCAAAGGAGGCAUCGGACAUGCUGUCCUCUGUCAUGAACAUCGUCGCAAAGCCUUUGGAGCAUUCGUUGAGGACAUAUCAGCGAUCAGACCCCAAAAGUCAAGAAAUUGAGCCGCUUUUAAGGGCAAUUAAAGACAGCAUCCCAAUGUCCCGAAGGACAGGGGCGGCGGACCACGUCGAACUAGAAGCUUGGUCAGGUGUCCAACAACACCAGCACAACCAUCAAAACGUAGGCUUUGCAAACACACUUCGACAAACUUUGCAAAGUCUCGUGCAAUGGAGCAUACAUCCGGCCAUUGAUAGGCCGCCUCCCACGUAUACCCACCGUCAAAUACUCGUAGCUCUCAACAUUCUCGGCGCGAAGCGACUGCUACAACUCAUUUAUGAAGACAUUAGACAACAUAGCGAAGCUGGGAGUGGCAGUAUCGUUUAUGACGUGGCUGCGAACCUGGUUUGCGCCCCUGAUGCGAACGACAGCCCUUGGGCAAACGCCCUCAACUUCAUGGAUAACUCGGGAAACAUGCGGGCGCCUAUCCAGAAGAAGCUGACGAUGCGGGAAGUUCUGAAAUCGGAUGCCGAGAACUGCAAAAGACUGCAGAAGAUAGACAUGAAUCUGACCGAGAUCGUGGUGAGACUACAUCGCAAGGUGGAGUCCCAGAUGGUCGUCGCCCAGGCCGCAGCCAUUCAAGCAGAUACCAUGCUGCAAAACGAUCUUGGCCUGGGCUUAGAUGGAGGCACAGGCUCUCUCGACGAUGCCAUGGCAGCUGCAACUGCGAAUGUUGUUACCGGAGAUGGCAUGUCCGUAGAUAACGUCAGCCUCGACUUGGGUAUGGCUGGCGAAAUGGGCUUGGGUGGGCCUUCCAACGCUGGGGGUGGUCUUGACCUUGGGGAUAAUGACCUCUUCAGUGGUCUCGAUACUGGCGAUGACUUUCAGUGGGACAAUAUGGAUCUCUCGUAA